GACGACUGUUGGCCAUCCUGUCACAUUACCAGAGGACAAAAUAUUAAAUAGUAUACCUGCUGCUCGAAACAAAACAAAAGAUAUUGCGAGUCACAGAAACCGGCAUGGCACGCCUAUCAACAGGUGAGAAUGAAUGAGCCCACUGGAGUGCAGAGCAUCCGAGAAGCGCUCUCAAGGCACAAUGAAGAGGAAGAGGACGAGGACGAGGAUGGAAAGGUGUCAGAAGAUGAGGAGCCCAGAGCCUGCGGUGUGUGUGGAGAUCUGGCCAAGGGUUACCACUUCAAUGCUUUGACAUGCGAAGGCUGCAAGGGCUUCUUCAGACGUGCCAUAAAGAGGUCAACGCAGCUCCGCUGUAGGUUUCUGAACAGAUGCAACAUAACCAAAAACAACCGACGGUCGUGUCAAGCCUGCCGCUUCACUAAAUGCCAGGCCAUAGGCAUGCGCCAAGAGAUGGUUAUGUCUGAGAAAGAAGUAUUGGAGAGGAGGAUCCGAAUCCAGACGAGGAAGAUGCUGGACGCACCAGUAGCGCUUUCAUCACAACAUCAGAAAACUAUUCAGGAGCUACUCUGUGGCCACCGCCAAUCAUUUGACUCGGCAUUUUACCGCUUCAGUGGCUUUAGGCCUAUGGACAGAAACGUACUUCCUGCGAAUGAGUACAACGAGUCUGAAAGCUCGUUCUCUCCCUCCCUUCUCUCUCUCUCGGGUUCCUUUGAAAAACAAGAAAACCAAGAGGACGAAGAGGCGAGAAAAGGCAGUGUUUUCACUGCUCUUCCACACGUGGCUGACCUCACCACUUACAUGAUUCAGGACAUCAUUACAUUCUCCAAAAGUAUUCGGGACUUCCGAUCUCUGAGCAUGGAAGACCAAAUUUCUCUGUUGAAGGGAGCCACAUUUGAAAUUAUGCAGAUACGCUUCAACAUGGUGUUCAACGCAAAAACAGGCAUCUGGGAAUGUGGCCAUAUUACAUACUGCAUAGAUGACGCCGUGCGAGCGGGUUUCCAGCCGCUUCUGCUGGAGCCUCUGCUUAAAUUUCACUACACACUGCGCAAACUGGACCUGCAGGAGGAAGAGUAUGCAAUCAUGCAAGCCAUGUCCCUGUUUUCUCCAGACCGUCCAGGUGUGCAGCAACACCGUGUGAUUGACGAGCUUCAUGAAAACCUGGCGCUGACACUAAAAUCCUGGAUUGACUGCAAGAGGACAGGACCGGAAAAACACUUGCUGUACCCCAAAGUGAUGGCCUGCCUCACCGAGAUGAGAACGAUGACAGAGGAGUACAGCAAACAGGUUCUGCAGAUCCAGGACAUCCAGCCAGACAUUAUCUCGCCUCUCAUAAUGGAGAUGGUCAGUAAAAACCCCUGUAAUAACUUAUACUGACGUCUGCUGUACAUAGACGGGACCAGCUGAAAGCCAUGAGUUAUUAAGGGAACAUUACCUUUUUAUAGUUUGUUUUGUUAAUUGGUUACAGCACCGGUGGAUUUAACAUGUAUGUGUUAUUUGUUUUGCGUACAGUAAGUGCACAUUGUGUGUAUGAAUGAAUGUUGACAUAAAGUUUAAUAUUUUUCUAAGUGUCGAGGGACCAUGAAGUAUGUAUUUUCUCAGAGAAUGGUAGAGCUGUAGUUGCAAAGACAAUCUUUGCGUAUAUUUGUUACCUCAGGUUGUUGUUUAGUGUUUGAUGCCAUCAUGUGAAACAAGA